AUGGGGGCCCUGGAGAUAAGCCCGAGGGCCCCGCUGCAGCAGCAGCAGCAGGGGGACUUGCUGCAGGUGACCGUGCUGCUGGACAGCAGCAAAGACGUGCUGCUGCUGCCGGAUGGGGGGGCCCAGUUCGCAGCUUUUGUUGCAGCACAAAUCAACAGGGGCCCCACACCUUUGCUGUUUGCUGCUAAAGUUGCUGCUGCAGUGGAGUCUCCUUUUGGUUUGCUGACGGUGGAGGGCCUGGAGGUCCGCGGCAGCAGCAGCUUGCUGGACGCCGCCCGCAGCAGCAGCAGCAGCAGCAGCAGCAGCAGCAUUGCAGACAUGGACUUCACGGUGGAAGACAUCCGCUUCGAGGCCCCACAAGAUGGCAGCAGCAGCAGCGGCCUCGGGUUUGCUGCUGCUCAGCAGCAGGACGACGAGGACGCGCGCCGCGCCGCCGCCGCCCAGCAGCAGCAGCAGCAGCAGCAGCAGCAGCAGCAGCAGCAGCAGGACCCGGAGCUGGUGCUGCUGGGGACCCUCGAGCUGCCUGCGGUGUCUCUCCACCGGGGCCUCGCGCGUCUCCAAGCCCGAGGGUACAUACACCCCAGCCCCCAACACUUGUCUCUUGUCUCCGCUUUUAUUUCCAAAAUCUUGCAAGGCCAUUCUCCCCACCUUGUCCUCCGCGGCCGCGGCAUUGGGCCCUCUCAGGGGCCCCCAGGGGCCCCCGGGGGGCCCCCGGGGGGCCCCCCAGUCUCGGGGGCCCUGGGGGCCCCCGACGCCCCCGGGGCCCUUGGGGACUCAGGGGCCCCUGGGGUCCCCGGGGCCUUGGGGGCCCCUGGGGGCCCCCCUGGGGGCCCCAUUGGGGGCCCCCCUGGGGCCCCCCCGUGGCUGGUCGAGGCUGUGCGGAGCAUUUUGGUGGAGGCCCCUUUGCCACGUUUGGAAAGAAUAGUUGCUUCGACAUUUUCGAGUUUAGAAAUGGAGAAGAUGAAGCUGCAAGUGCUGGGGUUGGAGGAGGCAGCAGCAGCAAACGGCGACGCAGCAGCAGCAGCAGCAGCAGCAGACAGGGACCGCGGCGUGCUGCUGGGGGCCACCAUCAAGACACAAGUCCAGAGUCCCUUCGGGCCGGGGGCCCCCAUAGAGAUCCGGCGG